AGCAAAAAAAAAAUCAGUGGCCGUGCACUGUAAGCGUAAUUACACCUUUCUUUUUUAUUACGCCCUUACGCCCUUUGAACUUAUAAACAAUAAUAGCCCAUAUUGGCUACCGUUUUCCUCCUUUGUUUGCCAAGCGCACCGAUGCCGCAGGAAAGGACGAUGUUGCCGCAUAGCGUCGUUUGCUGACUAGCGUUACGAAAUCGCUGGAUGCUGGCUAUUCUUGGAAGGUUGGAAAAAGUAUUUCGCGUGCUCGCAAGUUCGAAACCGCCGUGCGAUGGCAAAGAAUUGGCUUGCUAGGACGAAGAAAAAGUUCCUCCGGCUUCAUCCGGCGUGGCGCGUGUACGUAAUCUUGCUCGGGCUGCUGGUACUGUACAACGAGGUGCUGAUCUACGUGUUGCAGAAGUUGAAAUGGUCUAAUAUUUAUUGUAAAGAAGCUGGCUGUGUGAAGAUCCUGCUCGUAGCGGAUCCGCAAAUUCUCGGCAAAACGUACGACACACAUUUCUACGCCGGGUUGGCCAACUACGAUUCCGAUCGUUAUCUGGCCUGGUACUACGAACAGGCGGUCGAGCAUGUGCAACCGGACGUGAUCAUUUUUCUGGGCGAUCUGAUGGACGAAGGUACCGACUCGACGGAAAUUCAUUUCGAGGAGUACUACACCCGCUUCGGAGCGAUCUUCCCAACCCACCCGACCGCGAAGGUGAUCUACAUCCCCGGCGAUAACGAUAUCGGUGGUGAUGGGAGGCAACCGUUGAAUCCGAUUGCGAAGCGACGCUUCCGGCAGUAUUUCUCCGAGCGACCGGCCUGGGUGAUCAACGAUAAUCUAACGAUCUACAAUAUCAAUCGGAUUACGCUGGAGAUGACGUUGAACGAUCCGCGCAUGCUCGACAGCACCGGGACGGAUGUUUCCGAUCGCUAUUUGCGCAUCUUUGUUAGCCACAUACCGGUGCUGGAUGUUCCGUCCAGCUUCACCUACACUGCGAUCCAUAAUCUGAAACCGAACGUGAUCUUUUCGGCCCAUUUGCACGUUUCGCAGUUUGCCCGAAUACAUCGGAGUCGGCUGAAAACGGUCCGGUACAGGCCGUUGAGCCAGGACAAGAAGACGGCCUAUAAGGUGCAUUCGUUCGAUCUGAGCUACCAUCAGGAUACGCAGGAGUUGCUAGAAAUAAUCGUGCCCACCUGUUCGUAUCGGAUGAGUGUGCCGGACAUUGGGUACGGAUAUGCAGCGAUCGAUGGCACCACGCUCAAGUAUACCGUGCUCUGGACGACGCGGCGCUUCUAUCAACUGAUCUCGUACGUAGUGAUACUGGCCGUCCCGGUCGUGUUGGGCUUGCUGUACGUGUUUUACAAAUUCCUCCGAGAACACUGCAACUGCCGGUCGAGAUACGAACGCUUGCCGAAAUAAGGGCCAACGGUAAGUGAGCUGAUGUGAUGCGAUGCAAUAAUUGCGGCAAAUGUACUUGUGCAAUCGUGGAGCCAGUGGCGCAAUAAAGAAGACAACGAUAAAGCAAUGUUUUCUAAAAAUACGAAA